CUUAUUGAUAACUUACUCAAGUCUCUACAACCCGUCCAUCUAACUUACGCCGGCAGCUUGAUCGAAUCCAAUGCUUCCAAACGAGUUACUGCGUGAAAUCAUCUCCUGCUACAUCGCCGCAUCUGCAUGCUUAGGCGGCGUAGGAGGAUCCAGUGGGAUAGGAGGAGGUCAAUCAGGGACAAAGUUGCCGUUUGCGAUGCAGAGGCCAACAAUCGAUCGAAGCCGCUAUGGCACACGGUGUGCCCACUCACCUUAGUAUGCAGUGUUGUGCGCAGGUUGACGUUGGAAGCCUGGUUCGAGACAUUCGUGGUGCAUAAUCCUUCAGAGCUUGAAGAUCUGAGGACCUUCCCUGAAGUACCGUCGUGGACUAGAGUAGUACACUGUAUCAAUCCUACCGACCUCUGGGAUGCAUGGUGGAAUUGGCGAAUUCACAAUGUCAUUCCGUGGGACUUCACGCACUUCGCACGGAUGCGCAAACUGCGAUUCGACUUGUGCAUGGAAGACAUCUCCACUGUCGUUGUCGAAUCGUUCACAAACGUGCCGCCCACUGUCCUUGAGCUCGAGAUGUGUUACUACACUUGGCCAUCUCCAAAGCAUCUCGCUCCGAUGGCGCACACCUUCCCUUACCUACAGGUCCUCGAGCUGCGACGAGCAACAGGGUGGUGCAGUCUCUGCGAGACAAGCGACGUCCUACAUUUGUAUACGAGACCGCCACCUUCCAUCACGUUCGCUCGUGGAGACGGGCUCCCCGUACCGUACAACCGUGUUUUGUCUUCAAUGCUGCAUCUACGCACAGUGCGCAUGGAGGUGAAAUGCACACUGGACGGAAACAUCAGCCUGCAAGACUUGAAGCUUGAAGACGCCGUGGCGGGGCGAAUGUGGAGAAUGCAGUGAACAGUGGCUCAUGCCAGUGGUGGAAGGCUUCGCAUCGGAGAGGGAGGCCAGGUACGAGACCGAGCCUCGCCCGCCCUCCUUGCGCGAGGUUAUCUGGACGUUCAUCCCCGAACACUCACCCUGGUUCUGACAGCCGCGAAGAAGGGGGGAACGAGGAGGCUGGCAUAAUGAAUGAGGACCCCGAGGUGGCGAGUCUUUGACUGAGUGUCAUUGACAGUCACUGUCAAUGCCGGAGGCCAGCGCCCGACUGAAGGCGGCCCGUCCGUCGCGCGGGGCUCUUAGUCAGCUAGGGGUUCCAUACAUAGUAAGUAGAUACAUGUGAGCGUCCAGAACUUAUUUUCGGAUGAAGCAUGAAAUUCCGAUACUUGAAACACG